AGGAAGAGGCGUCACGCCACGCGUCGAACCGUCCAGUGCCUGGGCGGACGUUCGCCCCCUACCGCCGCAACACCUGAAGGCGCGGGCGGACGGCGGGCAUAUGGAGCUGGCGACUUGCUUGGCGCUACUGGCCGCGGCCUGCCUAGUCCAGGCGGACGGCCCCUGCGCCGCCAACCCCAUGUGCCGGUGCCGCUUCCACGACGGCAGCCGCGAGCUGUCCGAGGUGGCCUGCUCCGGCGUGCCGCUGUCGCUCGUGCCCGAGCUGCCCGCCGGCGGCGCGCUGGUGCAGUUGGACGUGGUGGGCGCCGGACUCGAGGUACUCGACGGCGACUCCCUGCGCGGCGCGCGGGCGGAGUUCCUGCGCUUCGCGUCCAACGAGCUCCAGCACCUGGACCAGGACGUCUUCAGUUCGAUGGCUACACUCAUGUCCCUCGAUCUCAGUUUCAACGAGUUGGAUGAAGUUCCGUUCGUGCCUCUGCAGUACGUGAGAACACUCGACUGGCUCAACCUGCAAAACAACUACAUAACCCGCGUGGACUCGGCGACCACCCACGGCUGGGCGCAGGCCGAGAGCUCGCUGACGACGCUGUUCCUGGGCGACAACGAGCUGACGGGGCUGCCCCCCUACCGCGGCGGCCUGUCGCCCGCCGCCCUCCGCGCCUGCCGCAAGCUCGCCUGGCUCAACCUGGACGGCAACAAGCUGUCCUCGCUGGAGCCCGACACGCUUCCCGCCAGCCUGCGGACGCUGGGCGCCUCGCGCAACCUGCUCACGAGCUUCCCCGCCGCGGCGCUGGAGGAGCUGCCGGACCUCGCGUGGCUCGACCUGCGAGGCAACUACAUCGACUCCGUGCCCGCAGGCGCCUUCCGCACGAGCAAGCACCUGGACAGGCUCGACCUGGGCGAGAACGUCAUAGAGACGCUCCCGCCCACCAUGUUCAACCGCUCGCUGACGGUGCGCGACCUCAACCUCGACUACAACUACGUCAAGUCCUUGCCGCCGCAGGCGUUCGGCGGGACCAACGUGGGCAGGCUGUAUCUGUCGUACAACCGGCUGGGGAGCGUCGACCACAUGGCCUUCGUCGGUCUGGGGCACACGCUCGAGUUCCUGGACAUGGACCACAACGACCUCCAGCAAGUCCCCAAGGCCCUGCGGCUGCUCAAGAGGCUCAACUACCUGUACAUCUCCUACAACAACAUCAGCGUCGUCGCGAGGGACGCGUUCGAAGGCUUCGCCGCGUCGCUCAGAGCCUUGUCCCUGGCGGGCAACUUCCUCCGCCGCAUCCCCAGAGAGGCGCUGGCGGACUGCAGGUCGCUCACGUACUUCAACAUCGCCUACAACAAGAUAGAUGUCGUAAGUGCCGAGGACUUGGAGUGGGCGGAAUCACUAGACACGCUUUUCUUGCAAAGCAAUCAUCUUACCACGCUCGCUGCAACCACGUUCAAGAAGACGCCACUUCUCCGAGAAUUGAGCUUGUCUUUUAACAAACUAACAAAAUUUGACCCAGGAACGUUUACUGACAUUUCUAAGAAUUUACAAAGUCUUGAGCUAAGUUUUAGUCUAGAAAGUGAACGUUUUCUUGAUGAUAUCUUAAAACCUUUAAAAUAUUUGCAAUGGCUUUCUUUGGACAAUAACAAUUUCGGAAAGCUAAAUUCAAAUGUUCUGUACAGUUUCGGAAAAUUGCAGUAUCUUGAUCUCGAAUAUAGUCGCUUGGAUUCCAUUCCUCCUGAACUUUUCAAUGGAGAUAUACACGAACAUUUGCGCGAUUUAAGAUUAUCUCACAAUAAUAUAGAAACCAUUGAAAGUGACUCUUUUUCUUCAAUGAACAGUUUGCAAACCGUCGUGCUGGUGGAUAACAGGUUGAAGAGUAUCGCGACACACGCUUUCGAUAGUUUACAGAACGUGAUUACCAUCGAUAUGUCCGAGAACAUGAUCGGCUCCAUUGCCCCCAGGUCAUUUUACAACUUGCCCAAAGUACUUCACUUGAACCUCCAGGGUAACUCGCUGAACGAACUCUCGCUCAGUGUUUUUUACAACGUGUCCAGUGUUUCUGCGCCCGUGAGUCUGAACGUGUCGCGCAACAACAUAUCGCAGCUGUAUCCCGGCGACACCGGGUCGGCGGUGCACAUGCACAGCCUCGACUUCAGCCACAACAAGGUCGCCGAGGUCCCGGUGAACUUCCUGCAGCGGUUCGCCGACUCGAUGCGCCGCCUCCACAUGGGGCACAACCUGGUGCGCGCGCUGAACCAGGCGGCGUUCGGCACCCUCGGCGUGCUGGAGGUGCUGACCUUGGAGGGCAACCGGGUGUCGGAGGUGAGCAAGGACGCGUUCCGGGGCCUGGAGUCCCUGCAGGUGCUCGUCGCGUCGGCCAACGCGAUCGAGCAGCUGCAGGCGCAGCAGUUCUCGUGCCUGCGGCGGCUGAGGGUCGUUGACCUGUCGCGCAACAGGAUACGCUCGCUGCCGCGCGACGUGUUCGCCGGCACGCGGCUCGAGCGCCUCGACCUGUCGGGCAACGACGUGGUGGCCAUGCCCGGCGGCGCCCUGGGCCCCGUGGCCGCCACGCUGCGGCGCCUGGACCUCUCCGGGAACCGCCUGGAGCACCUGGACGCCAGCAUGUUCCCGGCCGCCUCGCGGCUCUCCCGGCUCGACCUGGCGCGCAACAGGCUGACGGCGCUGCCGGACGACGUGUUCGCCGGCCUGGGGCGGCUCGUGAGGCUGGACCUGGGCGGCAACUCCCUGCGCGGGGACCUGCCCCGGGUGCUGCGGCCCCUGCGGAGACUGCGGCGCCUGGGGCUGGCCGCCGCCGGGCUGCGCGAGGCUCCCCGCCUGCCGCUGCCCGCGCUCGUGGCUCUGGACCUCUCGGGAAACCUGCUGCAGGACCUGCCCGGGGACCGCGUGCGCGAGCUGGCCCGGCUGCAGGAGCUGUCACUCGCCGGCAACCGGCUGCCGUCCGUGCCCGCCGGCGCCUGGCCGCACCUGCCCGUGCUGCGCGUGCUGGCGCUGUCCGCCAACCCCAUCAAGGCAAGCACACUUCUGUAGCCGCCUUAAGCUACGACUAAGACCGAAAGCAGGGAUGGGGGUUUUUACAGUAAACCCCACGACAGUGGACAGCAGGUGCUAUGGGAAAAAAAUA